AUGGCUAGCACCCCUGACCUUCACCCCCGUACACUGCCCCCAUCAUGGACUUCGCCCGAUGCCGGUGGAGUCAUGCAGGAAGCCCAUGAUGCUCUUGAGUCGUACAAGAAGAAGGACUCGUUGAAAGUCGUCGUGCGUUUCAAAGCCGUCGGGAAUGCGCCCAUCAUGAGACAAAACUUCUACAAGAUUACUGCGUCGAACCGCUUCCAGGCGGUCAUCCAGUUCUUGAGGAAGGAGCUUGGCUGGAAAGCAGGGGAUCCUCUGUUCACAUACAUCAAUCUGGCCUUCUCACCUGCUCCCGAUGAUACUGUUUCUAACCUGUUCAAGUCAUUCGCAACCGACGGGCAUCUAAUAGUAAACUAUAGUACAACCGCUGCAUGGGGUUAA